AACCAUUUUUAAAAAUAUUAAAGAAUUUAUAGGUGUAAACAAUGUUUCCUUGUGUAUUUUAGGGGAAAACUCUCACCCAAACACAAAACAAAUUUCAAAUUUCCAAUCGAUUCUAGCCAAAUCAAUGGCGCACAACCCUUCACAGCUCCUCCCAUCAGAGCUGAUAGAUCGAUGCAUAGGUUCAAAGAUAUGGGUGAUAAUGAAAGGGGAUAAGGAACUCGUUGGAACCCUCAAAGGUUUCGAUGUUUAUGUUAACAUGGUUCUCGAAGAUGUCACUGAAUAUGAAAUCACACCCGAGGGGCGUAGGAUUACAAAGCUUGACCAGAUUCUGCUCAAUGGAAAUAACAUAGCAAUUUUGGUUCCUGGUGGUUCUCCAGACGCAGAAUGAACAUGAAACUGAGUUACAGGUAGUCUUUGAAUUGAUAUGUUGAAGGAUGGGGUGCUUUUUUAAACCCAUAUUGGAUUCCUUAACCUUUGUAUGACAUUCUAAAAACACUUUGGAAACAAUUAUGGUUUCUUGAUAUUGUUUUUUGUUCUCUUAUGUAAUAUCUAGUGGUUUGAUUAUGAUCAGGAUGUUCUGUA